CUAAAAAAAUUUUCUUUUUCCGUCUUUAUGAAAUUCCAAUUCCUUCUUUGAUGGCCACGCGGCAUCCGAUGCCCUUUUCGUACGCCUUAUAUAUUUGAUGCUUUUUUGUUGUUUUCCUGCACUUGUUUUGUUUGAGUUACUGAGGCCUGAAUUUGAAGGGAAAAAGAGGAAGAUUUCAGAAGCAAGAGGAUGAAUGAUUGGGCUGCUCCUCUGAUCGCUUCUGCUCUGUUUGCGUUUCUCUCGCCGGGGAUGGUGGUCCAGAUGCCAGGGAAGAGCCAGCCGGUGGACUUCUUAAACAUGAAGACUAGCCUACCCUCCAUAUUUGUGCAUGCUGUUCUGUAUGGUCUGCUUCUGAUACUGUUCUUUGUUGUUCUUAACAUCCACUUGUAUGUAUAGGUAGAGACCGAGACUGAGACCGAGUACACUGCUAAAUAAUCCGAAGUAUAGGUACCGUUGCGGAUUCAAUCUCUGCUUGUAGCCUCUGGUUGACUUCCUGUUGGUUUCAAUCUUUUUGUAAUUUGAAACACGAGUAGAAAUUGCUCCAGUUUCUCAUCGA